AUGGUAGUUGAUGUACUCCAUCCGAACAGAGCAUCAGUUCCAAAAAGUGAGAUUCGUCAACGGUUGGCUCAGAUGUAUAAAACAAAUCCAGAUUUGGUUUUUGCCUAUGGUUUUAGAUGCCAUUUUGGUGGUGGUAGGAGUACGGGAUUUGCUCUCAUAUACGAUACUUUAGAUUUUGCCAAGAAGUUUGAGCCUAAAUACCGUCUAUUAAGGCAAACCGGAGGUAAAGGAGAGAAACCAGGAAGGAAACAACGGAAAGAAAGAAAGAAUAGACAGAAGAAAGUUAGAGGAACGAAGAAAACUAAAAUUGCAGCAGCGAAAAAAUAA